UAAUUUAAUGAGUUUAGGAAAACUAAAAUUUUGCCGGGAUUUUGAUCUGUAUUUGCGUAAACGGCACGUAAUUUGAGAAAGUAAAGUAAAGAAUUUAUAAUAUAUAUAUAUUGUAACAAUAUGUCGAAAGUGAAUACAUUAUAUAAUUAUUUUACAUCGCCUAAAACUCCUAAAACACCUAAACAAUCAAAUAAUAAACAGAUAUCCGAUGAAAAACCUACAACACCGAAAAGAGCAAGGGGACAAUUGAACAAAGUUAAAACUCCAAGUAAAGGGAAAGAAAAUAAGAAUCUUGAAGAUAGAAAAAGAAUAUACAAAGAUGAUGAAGAAGAAGAAAAGGAAGAAAGUGAACCAAUUCAAACAAAAAAGCGAAGAUUAAUUAUUCCUGAUGAAGAAUCUGGAGAAGAUUCUGGAGAUGAAUUUAAACCUGACCUAGAUGAUGAAUCAGAAGAAUCAGAUUCAGUAUCUGAAGGAGUUAGUGAAAGUGAACCACCAACCGCAAGUGAAGAAGAAACUCCAGAGAAAAAACGGAAGAUUGUUAAUUCUUUUGGGAAAAAACCACAAAAAGGUGCAAAGAAAAAUUUCAAAGAAGAUAAAAAAGAAUCAAAAGUUCAACAACAAAAUCAAUCCCAAGGUUCAAAUAAUGUUAUAGAUUCUUGGCCACACUUAAAGUAUGAUUUUCUUCAACCAAAUAAAAUACGAGAUAUUAAUAAAAAAUCACCAAAUGAUUCAGAUUAUGAUCCUAAAACUCUAUAUGUUCCUUUGGAUUUUUUGAAUCAACAAACUCCAGCUAUGAGACAAUGGUGGGAAUUGAAAAGUAAACAUUUUGAUUGUGUUCUUUUCUUUAAGCUAGGAAAAUUUUAUGAAUUAUAUCAUAUGGAUGCUGUAAUAGGUGUUAAUGAACUUCAUCUUACCUACAUGAGAGGAGAAUUUGCACAUUCGGGAUUUCCUGAAAUUGGAUAUGGCCGUUUUUCAGCGAGUCUCAUAGAAAGAGGAUACAAAGUGGCCAGAGUAGAACAAACAGAGAAUCCAGAUAUGAUGGCACAACGAGUUAGCAAUAUGAUUAGACCAACAAAAUUUGAUAAAGUAGUUAAAAGAGAAAUAUGCCAAAUAACUUCUAAAGGUACAAGAGUGUACACUCCACAAGAUAUAGAACCAUCUACACCCAAUUCUAAUUAUUUAUUAUCAGUGAUUGAAAAAUGCCCAUCUGGUUCUAACAUAUCUCAUUAUGGAGUUUGUUUCUUAGAUACUACAAUAGGAGAUUUUUAUCUUGGUCAAUUUGAAGAUGAUCGAUGUAAUUCUAGAUUAUUAACUUUACUUGCUCAUUAUCCUCCAGUUCAUGUUGUUUAUGAACGUGGUAAUUUGUCUCAAAAAACGUUACAAAUUUUUAACAAUAAUUUAGCAGCAUGUAUUAAAGAAUCACUUUUACGCGAAUCUCAAUUUUGGUCAUCUUCGACUACAUUAAAAAAUCUUCAUGAAGGAGAUUAUUUUAAAAAAUCAGAUUCCGAAUUUCAAUGGCCUACAGGCUUACAAUCAUAUCUUAAUAAAAGUGAUAGUUUAGGUUUAACUCCUGCUGAAGAUAAAGAAUUAGCGGUACAUGCUUUAGGUGGAUGUAUAUAUUUACUCAAAGAAUAUCUGCUUGAACAACAAUUAUUGGCACAAGGACGUUUUAAAACAUAUAUUCCUCCAGAUUUUUCAAAUAAAACAUUUGAAGCUUCUAAAUUUGCAAAUAAUAUGGUUUUAGAUGCUAUCACGAUUAAUAAUUUGAGAAUUUUCGGGGAAGGUUCUCUUAUAAAAACGCUAGAUCGUUGUUGUACCGCAUUUGGAAAGAGAUUGUUGCGAGAAUGGAUUUGUAGACCAUCUUGCCGAAAAGAUGUUAUAAUUGAACGUCAAGAAGCUAUACAAGAAUUAAUGAAUCAUUCAGAAGCAGUACAAACUACUCGUAGUAUAUUAGCAGGGCUUCCUGAUCUUGAAAGAUUAUUGAGCAAGAUUCAUGCUCAAGGAAAUCCAGCAAAACAAAAUAAUCAUCCUGAUGGCAGAGCUAUUAUGUUUGAGGGGCAAACUUAUUCAAAGAAAAGAAUUACAGAUUUUAUUACCACUUUGAAUGGUUUUGAAGAUGUCUUAAAAAUAAUUGCUUUGUUUGAAGAUUUCUGUAGCACCUUAAUAAGCAAAUGUUGUAAAGUGGAACCAGAUGGUGAAUUUCCUUCAUUAAGAGAAUCUUUAGAUUAUUUUAAGACUGCAUUCGACCAUGAAGAAGCCAAAAAAGUAGGUUGUAUUGUUCCAAAGAAAGGAGUUGAUUCUGAAUAUGAUUCCGUUUUAAUGGAACUUGAGGAAAUAAAGAAAGAUUCAGAACAAUAUCUUGAAAAGCAAAAAAAACACUUUGGAGUGAAAAUUACGUUUCACGGUUCGGAUAAAAAGCGUUAUCAGAUCGAGAUUCCAGAUUCUCAAACGAAAAAAGUUGGUGCUGGAUUUGAACUUCAAUCACAAAGAAAAGGAUACAAACGUUAUUACACCGCAGAGUCAAAGGAACUUUUAAGUCGACAAAUAAAUGCCGAAGAACAUAGAGAUAAAGUAUUGAAGGAUUUAAAUAGAAGAAUAUUUGCACAGUUUAGCGAAAAAUAUGAUAUGUGGAGUAUGGCAGUUUAUAAAUUGUCUGUUUUAGAUGUUCUUAUUUCUUUAACAGAAUAUGCUUUCAGUGGUGAUAUGUGUAUACCGGAAAUUAAUGAUGGUACAAAUGAAAAGAUAUUUAUUGAUAUUCGAGAUGGACGACAUCCAUGUAUUAUUUCAGAUACAUUUAUACCAAAUGACACUUUAUUAGCAACUGAAAAUUUUGCUUCUUUCAUGAUUCUCACUGGGCCAAAUAUGGGCGGUAAAUCAACAUUGAUGCGUCAAGUUGCCCUUCUCACUAUAAUGGCACAAAUUGGAAGUUAUGUUCCUGCAAGUUCCUGUCGUUUAACAUUAGUAGAUCGUAUUUUCACGAGAUUGGGAGCAAAUGACGAUAUUUUGGCAGGUCAAAGUACAUUCUUAGUAGAAUUAAGCGAAACUUCUGCAAUAUUACAGCAUGCUACACCAUAUUCUCUCGUAUUACUCGAUGAAUUAGGACGUGGUACAUCAACAUAUGAUGGCACGGCAAUUGCUGCUGCAGUUGUAAAUGCACUUACAAAAUUAAAUUGUCGUACUUUAUUCUCGACGCAUUAUCAUUCUUUGGUAGAAGAUUAUAAAAAUAAUAAAAAAAUUACAUUAGCUCAUAUGGCUUGCAUGGUAGAAAAUGAGGAACAAGAUAAAGUAUCUCAAGAAACAGUAACAUUUUUAUACAAACUCAGCGAAGGAGCUUGUCCAAAAUCGUAUGGUUUCAACGCUGCCCGAUUAGGUGGUGUUCCAGCUGUAAUUACAAGUAGAGCACAUGAGAUUUCAAAGAAACUCGAACAAGAAACAAAUCGAAAACACUUCUUUAUUACUUUGUGUAAAGCGAAUGGUUCAACUAUAAGGGAUCUAAUUGCUGCAAUGUGAAAAACUGUGAAAAAUGAGUAGAUAUUAUUAUAUUAAUAAUAAUAUUUAUCAGCAUGUUUAAUUAUUAACUUCAGUUACCUUUACAGUAUUAUAUUUUUUUAUAUAGUAUUCAUAAUGUAUAUUUAUUAUGGUUUUUUAUAAUUACCAUUUUUUUUAUUUGAUAUUAUCAUAUAUUUUGAUAAUAAAAGAUUCUAUAAAUGCAAACUUAGUAUUACUUUUAUGACGUGAAUGGGACAAUGAAUAAAAAAAAAGAAAACAAUUGUUGCUUACAAAAUUUUAUUAAUUAAUGCCAGAGUACAAAAGAGCUACUUAUGAGACGAGAAUAUGAUGCAAUACAAACAAUAUAAUUUUUUACUCACACCAAAAUGAUGAAGAAAUAUCAUUUCUUCUCUUUUUCUUUUUUUUUUAUUUCGAGUGUAAGAGAAAUCGUGUGCACGAAUCUUACUAUGAAAUAAUAAAUACAAUUCCUUACAUUAUUGUGAAAUAACAAAAAAGCAAAUAGCGAACAACUAUAAAAAAUGAAUGAUUAUUGAUUAUUUCGUCUGAUAGAAUUAUGUUGAAUCUUUGUUUCAAAAAGAGUAAGUAUUACAGCGAUAAAUAGAAUUAAACCUAAUCCUUUAUGUAUAUUGAUCGAUUAAGGAUGAUUAUUUGCGUAAAUAGUAAAUUUACUAUUAAUAUUAUUUUCAUGAUUAUUAUUCUUCGAUGCCUGAAAGUCGUUUUUCCGUUUUUUCCUUUUUUUUUCUUUUUUUACCGAAUGAAUGAAAAAACUUAAAACAAUCGAUAAAGAAAAAGGAACUGUGCUCUCUAUAAAAUUAUACAAAUGGCGUUCAUGCAGAAGAAAAAACUAGAUACGAUUAUUAAAAAGGCACAAAAAUUAAGAAAGCACUUGACCAUAUUUUUUUUAAUGGGUUAUAUAUGAUGUAUUUUUAUUAUCAUUAUUAAUAUUAAUAUUAUUAUUAUUAUUAUUAAUAUUAUUAUUAUUGUUAUUACUUUUUUUUUUCUUUCAAAUAACACAUGCCUACUUCUAAUAUACAAUUCCGAGGUUUUAUCGAACGUUUUCUAAUUUUAUAAUUAUUCCUUAUUACAUUCAAGUUAAUCACGGUCUAUCUCUCUAUUUCAUUCUGGACGUUCGUACCUUUUUUUUUUUUUUCAUUAAUUUUUCGCUAUUCAUCAUCAAACAAGUUACGAUUUGAUUUAUUUAUCCGAAGAAAAAAUCAAU